CUCUUUGUUUUCUGCAUCUUCAUUCACAUUCAUCCAUCGAAUAAUUGAAACCAAAAGCAUAUAUACAAAGAAAAACACAAUGAAGAAGCUCUUGUGUGUUAUUCUAUCCCUCGCUUUAGUCCUAGGAUUCUCCGAGAGCUUCGAGUUCCACGAGAGAGAACUCGAAUCGGAGGAAUCCCUAUGGGACUUGUACGAGAGGUGGCGGAGCCACCACACGGUUUCUAGAAGCCUCGACGAUAAGAAGAAACGUUUCGAGGUGUUCAAGGCGAACGUGAUGCAUGUCCAUGAAACAAACAAGUUGGACAAGCCUUACAAGUUGAAGCUGAACAAAUUUGCUGACUUGACCAACCAUGAGUUCAGGACCAUCUAUGCUGCCUCCAAGGUGGGACAUCAUAGAAUGUUCCGCGGCAUGCCACGUGGCAAUGGGACCUUCAUGUAUGAGAAUGUUGAGAGGGUUCCUGCUUCUGUGGAUUGGAGGAAGAAAGGUGCUGUCACUCCUGUAAAAGAUCAAGGCCAAUGCGGUAGCUGCUGGGCAUUUUCAACAGUGGUAGCAGUUGAAGGCAUCAACCAAAUAAAGACACGUAACCUAGUAUCCUUAUCUGAGCAAGAACUCAUAGAUUGUGACACAAACCAAAAUCAAGGAUGCAAUGGUGGCCUUAUGGAUUAUGCCUUCGAGUUCAUCAAACAAAAGGGUGGCAUUACAACCGAAACUGAUUACCCUUACACUGCACAAGAUGGCACCUGCGAUGCAUCCAAGGCGAAGAAGGAUGUAGUGUCAAUUGAUGGACAUGAGGAUGUUCCAACGAACAAUGAGGCGGCAUUGCUGAAGGCUGUUGCCAACCAACCUGUGUCUGUUGCCAUUGAAGCCUCGGGAUCCGACUUUCAAUUUUACUCUGAGGCAAUAUUUAAUGGGGCAUGUGGUACUAACCUAGACCAUGGGGUUGCAAUUGUUGGGUAUGGAACAACAAAAGACGGAUACAAAUAUUGGAUAGUGAAAAAUUCAUGGGGACCAGACUGGGGAGAACAUGGAUACAUUAGGAUGCAAAGGGGCAUAUCCCACAAGCAUGGUCAAUGUGGCAUUGCAAUAGAGGCUUCCUACCCUAUCAAAACCUCAUCUACUAACCCUUUACCAUCGUCUCUUAACGACGAGCUUUAAAUUAAAUUAAAUUAAAUGCGUCCCAUAAUUAAGAUUGUUAUUAUUCAUUGUGGUUUAGUUGAUGUAUGUGUUGUAAAAGGAUUGCUUAGUAGAUAUAGAUAGGAACAAAAAUAUUUAUCUCCAUCAUUGCUAUUGUUGUUAGGUGUGUCAUACAGAAAUAAAUAUUUCAAUUUGAUUGCUCCUUGCAUAAUUCGUGCUACCAAUGUAAUGUAUUAUUGAUUUGUACUAAAGCCUAGACAAC